UCAAUUUGUAGUUGAAGCAUGAUAGCUUAUAGUGAUAAACCGUCUUCUAUUCUCGGACAUACAAAUAUGCAUACACAACAAGGCUAUUUGGCCAGUUCUCAGGCAAAUGCAUUCAGGAUGUUAUAUCCACAGCUUGCUUACGCGAAUUAUCCUGGAAAUUUAGCUGCUUUGGCUUUAGCCUCGCAGGGACAAUAUCCGUACGAAUAUGCACAGACUUUAGCAAGUCAUAUGAAUUUUGCAAUGGAAACUGGAUUAGCAUCGCGAAAAUCCAUGACUCUGUCACCAAACAGCAGUAUCUCGGAUGGAAAAGAUGACAGAUAUUUGAAAAAUGAUGAUUGUGACAGCGACAGCGAAGGUAGCGACGGGCAACAAGGCAAAAGGCGUCGAACGAGGACAAACUUUACUGGCUGGCAACUCGAGGAGCUCGAACGAGCCUUCCAAGAGAGUCAUUACCCGGAUGUGUUCAUGCGAGAAGCGCUUGCUAUGAGGCUGGACCUUGUAGAAUCUAGAGUACAGGUGUGGUUUCAAAACCGACGAGCAAAGUUCAGAAAACGGGACAACACAAAGAAAGGUCCUGGUCGUCCUGCACACAACGCCCACCCUCAGACUUGCAGUGGAGAUCCUCUUGAACCAGACGAGAUCCAAAAACGAGAAAUGGAGAGAUUAGAAAAGAAGAAACGCAAACAAGCGGACCGCUUAAAGAAAAUGGAGGAGAAGCGGAAAGUCCUUGAUGAACAUGAAAUCGUAUCUGAAAAUGACCUUGAAAAAUCCAAACUUGACAAUUCUGAUCUUGACAAUACGUUAAGAAAAGAAGAAGAAGUAGAUGUAGCAGAGGAAAAGAAAAGAGUAUGUGCAUUUAGUAUUGACAGGUUACUUGAAGAACCAAAGGUGCCGCGUGGUAGAAGACCAAACUCAAAAUAUCCAAGAGUUCAGGCGAGUAAAUCAGUACCCUCAAUAGGCAUCGGAAUGAUGCCACUGUAUCCCGUAACACAACCAAUUGGUUUUGUUGUUGAGCAAAGACAGGAUGAAACAAAGUCAGAUACAGACAUAAUGGACAAUAGUACUUCUUCUGAUGAAGGCAAUGAAAGUUUUAACACAAAUGUGCAAUCUACAGUAAUAAAUGACAAUUCAGAAAAUCAAUAUUAUGACAGUGAUAGCGAAGAUAUUGAUGUUACUGAUGAUGAAAUUCACUAAAUAAAUGUUUUCAAUGGAAUUGAGUUAUCAAAAAUUCCCUACCCGUUUAACAAACAGGGCAUUGUUUUGCAACAUCGUCUGAAAGUCAGUGCAAGACCCAAAAAGAUAGAAAAAAGUAAAUAUUUAAUCGAGUUUGAUGAGAAGCAGUUCUGUUAAACGUAUUGACUUACGUUUGAAAAUGUUGCAAAUAAUAAUGUCGGAAGAUGACAAAAGAUGCAAUUUAAGUAUAGAAUACCUCAGAUGUCACUGUGUCCUAUUGUACCCAUGUCCUAAGACGUAUCAAUAUUGUAUUUUUCCUUGUUUGUUAAGUCUUACAAAUUCUUUGUUUUUGCUUUUGCAUUUCAUUUCUUUUUACUUUUUAUUGUAUGCAGUAUAAUUAUGUAUACCGUUAUCCUAUUAAUUGUUGAAGAAGCAAUAAAUUUGAAA